AUGGAUCCACCAAAGUUCCUGGUCCUGGGUGCCGCGGGGUAUAUCGGAGGUACUGUCCUUACCGACCUAUUGAAGCAAUAUACGGCUUCCUCCAUCACAGUGUUAGUCCGCAAACCCGAGCAGGAACAGCUUUUCACGACACUCGGAGUCAAUGUGGUCUCUGGUGAUGUUGCGGACGCUGCAAAGCUGAAGUCGCUUGCGUCAGAACAUGACGUGGUGCUGAACUUCGCUGUCGCAUUCGGAGGCGACGAGACUAGCAUCCAGGCCUUGGUCGAUGGCCUAGAAGAGCGAGCGCGCGAGACUCAGUCCAAGCCAGUCCUUCUACACACAGGCGGGUCAGGUACCGUUAUGUAUGGUUCAGGAGGUGAAGCUGGAGCCGAUGUGUGGACGGACGAGCAAUACGACCGCUGGUCUUCUCUCCCAGACACCGCCUUCUUCUACGGCGGCUACAAAAUUGUCGCUGCCGCCGCUCUUCGAGGAACGAUUUCGGCGUAUAUCGUCCUCAGCCCUACCGUAUACGGUCGCGGUACAGGUCCUGGUAACAAGCUUUCCCUGCAGCUGCCUGCGUACACCCGGUACGCAAAGCAGCACGGCCAAGCUGCAUACAUCGGCAAAGGCGAGAAUAUCUGGGGUAAUGUGCAUGUCGAAGACCUUUCUCAGCUCACCGUGGCUGUUGCGGAAUUCGCUCUCAGGAACCCGGAUAAGACUACAGCAUCUGCCAGCUCGAAAGGAUGGGAGAACCUAAUCUAUUCUGGUGUGGAUACUCACACCUGGGGACCGAUCACAAAAGUGCUCGGCGAUCUGCUCUUCGCCCGUGGCGAGACGAGUAAGCCAUCGGCCAUAGAGAUUGCCGAGGGCGAAGGAAUCUUGUACAUGUUUGGCGGCAACUCAUUCUUGGCCCCAAGCAAGAAAUCAAAGGCGCUCGGCUUCCGACCUAAGCAAAAAGAUCUUGUGAGUUCGAUGAGAGACGCUCUACCAGCAUAA